ACGUUUAAAAAAGCGGGAGUGUUUUUUGAUCUUCUUUAAAUUAAUUUUAUUUUUAAUUAUAUAAGGAUUAGUCUUAUUUAUAUAUUGUGUAUUAGAUUGUAUAUAUAAUUGUAUAUUUUGUAGUAAUAGUGUUUGUUGCUGUAAAUAUUGAAUGUCAGAAAACGUGAAUAUCGAUCUAUCAGGAGAAAUCAGUGCCACUACUGAGAAGAAAGGCUUUCAAAAGUAUGUCAAUGAUAUGGAAUUAAUUGUUCAGCAUGUCCGCAGUGGCGCUGCUCCUGCAUUGUUGAUGGGCGUCAUCGCUUCUCGUCGACCAUGGACACAAUUUGUUGCUACAGACAACUUUAAGGUACCAGCAUCAAUACCUCGACUUUCUCGACGAUUUUACAGAAACAUUGAAUAUUUUCAAGCAAAUUACUUGGUAGUCUUUCUGGGAUUAUUUGCAUACUGUCUCGUAACAUCCCCGUUGCUACUGAUAGCUAUGGUUGCUAGCUUUUUUGGAUAUAGAAAAUUGACGUCUGGACCUAAUACAUGGAAGAUUGGUAGUUGGGAGUUAACGAAGACACAGCAAUACGGUGUAGCGGCCGCCGGUUCGAUGGCCUUGUGUUGGCUCGCUGGUGCCGGAGCGGUCCUUUUCUGGGUUCUAGGUGCAACUGUGACGGUGGUGGCGCUGCACGCGAGCUUCUUCGAUGCAGAGACGCUACCCCCAUCUGAUGACCCCGAGCAGUUCCCAAUGGUGGAACAAGUGUGACAAAGUCACCUGCCGUUGUUUUUACCACCACCCGGUCGCAUCUCACCGUCCCACCGCCCGCCACUUUAAUAAAAGCUGCCUAUUUAACAGAUUCCUUUGAUUUUAUUAAUAUUUAUCAUAAUUUAUUACGCAAUCUUAUUGUAAUAUUAUUAGUACUCGUACUCGCGAGCGCUUUUGUGCAGCUUUUGUAUUUUCCUUAUGAAAUAAUAAUUUUUAGCAGUAAAAAGUAUCUUAUAUAAAAAAAAUAUUAAUUAUAUAUAAAUUACAAAUAAUAUAUUAUUAUCUCAACUAAUAUUACAAGGAAAGAUUUAAAUUUUUUGUUAGUUACAAUAAACAAACUGAAAAAUAUUUAACCAAUUUUAAAAAAUUCUUUUGCCUACAGAAAGCAACAUUUUCAGCGACUAAUAUAGAAUGUAUUUUAUUAAAAAAAAGUGCUAAUCUGGAGUAGAUCGCUAGUCUUUUAUAUGGGAUACUUCAUAUAUAAUAUGGGUACAAAUCAGUCAACAUCAAUAGUCGAUGCACACUUAAAUUUUUUUUAAAACUCAUUUGCUCUGUACAAUACAUAUGCUAUUUUAUAUGUAUAUUCAACUAAUUUUGACCUUAUACGAUAUUCAUCUAGAUCUGGUGCUAAUCUUGUUAAGUAACUUCUGUAACAUAUGCAAAGGUGUUUACGAAUUUUAUAAAUGAAGAUUCUAUCAAUUUUUGACGUAGCCUGUAUGUGUAUACUAUUUUUACAAAUGCUUGUUGAUCUUAUACUGAUAUUAAUUUUUAGUGUAUUUAUAUGCUGUUUUUUUAUUUGUUUCUAUACUAAGAGGAUGAACAUUAUAAAUUCAGCGUUUAAUGUUUGAAUUCCAAAAUAUGUUUUGAACUUGAAUAAUAAAUUAGAAUAUAAUUUUUAUUAGUAUCAAUUAUACACCAAGUCGUUAAUUUAAAUAAAAUUAUAAAUAUUCACUGGUAAUUUAUAAAUAAUUAUGUUUGAAUUUGAUAGAUUAUGAUAGACAUUUAAGAUAUUCUUUUAAAAUAAUUAAUUCAAUCAAAUUAUUAUAUAAUAUUAAAAAAAAUGUUAUUGUUAUAUCAGCCGGUAACUGUGCACUGCUGGACAUAGGCUUCCUUAUUGGGUAUUUACAAUAGUUUACAAGCUUGGCAGAUGGGUUGGUAACCGCAGUUAGGUUUGGGUGAUAUUUUAAGAGGGAUGCUGCUGCCAAUCCCUCGACCAUUAAAUUCCCUUAGUCGCCCGUUUUUUUUUUAAUAGGUGAUAAUGGAAUGGUACUCUGCCUGCACUAUCGUUAUACGCUGGCGGGGCACCAGUGAUAGAUGAUAGGUGACCAUGAAAGCAGGUCAGUUAACACAUCGUGACAGAUUCUACUACGAUUAUCUACGAUGGUUUCCAAGGGGAACCGCAUGGAGGUCGACCUGACAUGGUGUAUUGCUAGCAAUGGAUCAAUUAGACCCCAUUACUAACAAUCCCUUUCCCCCCUUAGUCGCCUGUUACGACACCCACAGAACAGAAAGGGGUGGAUGAUAAUGGAAUGGUAAUCCCGCCUGUGCUAUCGGUAUACGUAUACUGGGCAGGACAGAAAGGGGUAGCCCAGUCUAUGCCGGGACCACAUGGCAAAUAUUUUAAAGAACAAAUCAGUGAAUAUACUUUAAAUCUCGGUGCGAUGGGACAUAUUAAUAAUAUUCAAAUUCAAUAUGUAUUAUUAUUUAAAUAAAAAAAAAAUAGGAUAUUUAAUAAUAAUAUGUAUUAUAAUAGUAUUAUGUAAUUAUUUUUAGUUCUAAGCGAGUGUCAUUUACGUUGUCAGAUUUUAAAAGCAAAUCCUUUACUGUAUUAUUAACAGUUAUGUUACAAAGCUCGGAUUGAACUUUGUUCUAAGUUUUUUCUGUACUUAUAAAUGUAUAUAGAAUAAUAUCAGUUUUAAAAUAAUUGUUUUCGACUAAGUCAACGACUUGUAUAUAAACUAUGCUAAUAUAUACCUGAUUAAAAUUAUUUUUUGGUGUU